AUGCGGGAGCUCCGCAAAAAUGGCAAUAAUUGGGACAUACCCAAUGCUAAAUACUACACCAGCGCCUGGACCGGUGGAAGCGGCGCCACUAUGGGACAGGGGCACGGACACACACACCACACGGAGUGCUAUCCGGGGAACCCGGGGACCUCUGCUACUGGUCCCUCGGGAAACCAUACUAAGACGACACCUAAACGCAUUUACUUGUCUAUACUUUCCUAUCUCUCACCUCUACCUACUUAUUACAAGCAGGCACUCCAGACUCGCAAGCUGGUGAAAGAGGAGUCAGGCUUCA